GCCCGUGGAAAUAUCCACCCGCGGUCCGGGUCACCCCGCAAGGCCGCAACGCCUCCGCUUUCAUUCUUCUUCUCUUUUCUCGUUCCCCCCGUUGGGGUUUUGAGCUCCGACGAACCCUAAUAAUCGCCGGGGACCGGCGACCGAUCGCCCGCCGGCAUGCACCAUUAGCAGCGGAUGAAGCAGGCAGCGGCGGCCGCGGCCGCGGCGCAGCAGGCACUGCUCCUGCAGCAGCAGUCGCAGCCGCCCUUGUUCCCCGUGCACCACCCGCACCCCGGCCUCCUCGCCGCACCACAGAUAGAGCCCAUAGUCAGUGGAAACCUGCCUCCUGGGUUUGAUUCAAGUACAUGCCGCAGCGUGUAUGUUUGCAAUAUCCAUCUUCAAGUGACGGACGCAGUACUGCAGGAAGUCUUCCAAAGCAUUGGUCCAGUAGAAGGGUGCAAGCUCAUCAGAAAAGAAAAGUCAUCCUUUGGUUUCAUUGACUACCAUGAUCGCAGAUAUGCUGCACUAGCAAUUUUAUCUCUCAAUGGCAGACAACUGUAUGGUCAGCCGAUUAAAGUCAAUUGGGCAUAUACAAGUACUCCGAGGGAGGGCACAUCAGGUCAUUUUAAUAUUUUUGUUGGGGAUCUUUGCCCGGAAGUCACUGAUGCUACUUUGUUUGCAUUUUUCUCUGGUUACUCUACUUGCUCAGAUGCUAGUGUUAUGUGGGACCAGAAAACAGGACGAUCCAGAGGAUUUGGUUUUGUUUCUUUCAGGAACCAGCAGUCAUCCUUUGGUUUCAUUGACUACCAUGAUCGCAGAUAUGCUGCACUAGCAAUUUUAUCUCUCAAUGGCAGACAACUGUAUGGUCAGCCGAUUAAAGUCAAUUGGGCAUAUACAAGUACUCCGAGGGAGGGCACAUCAGGUCAUUUUAAUAUUUUUGUUGGGGAUCUUUGCCCGGAAGUCACUGAUGCUACUUUGUUUGCAUUUUUCUCUGGUUACUCUACUUGCUCAGAUGCUAGUGUUAUGUGGGACCAGAAAACAGGACGAUCCAGAGGAUUUGGUUUUGUUUCUUUCAGGAACCAGCAGAAUCUGGAAAAGAGAAUCCAAAUGAUGAUGGUCCUGAAAAUAACCCUCAGUUUACUACUGUUUAUGUUGGCAAUCUUCCUCACGAGGCUACCAUGAAUGAUGUGCGCCUGUUUUUCCAUUCACUGGGGGCUGGUUCAAUUGAGGAAGUCCGUGUAACUCGUGAUAAAGGCUUUGGCUUUGUGAGGUACAGCACCCAUGAGGAGGCUGCAUUGGCAAUUCAGAUGGGUAAUGGCCAACUUAUUGGCGGGAGGCAGAUAAAGUGUUCCUGGGGAAGCAAGCCGACUCCACAAGGGACAGCAUCCUUGCCUCUGCCUCCUCCAGCACUGGCACCAUUCUCCACUGGAGUGUCGGCCACCGACUUGCUGGCCUACCAGCGCCUGGCUCUGAGCAAGAUGGCCUCGAACCACCCAGCCCUAAUGGGUCAGCACUCCUUGAAGCAGGUCGCUGCAUUGGGGAUUGGCGGCGGAGCCAGCCAGUCCAUCUAUGAUGGCGGCUUCCAGGGCAUCAAUACUGUCACCGGCACAACUUCCGCCCAGCAGCAGCAGCAGCUCAUGUACUACUAGAGUACUACUACUCCAUGAGGUACCCAGCUACCUAUCCCUUCAAGAGGAUGGCGAGGAUGAAUGGAUGAUGCCCCUUACUAUACCCCUAUACAUAUAGUAGAUGAUGAAGUCAUUACUAGGACCUUUUUUCCCUAAUCUUUUUAAGACCCAUCUAAGUAACAUGUCCUCUCUAUGCUAGCUAUAUAAUUGUGCAUUUCUGGAUACUUAAAGCCAAGGUUCUUAGUAGUAUAAUCUUCUGUGUUUGACCAUCUUUUAUUGUGAUGUAUGGAUUUUCGUUGGCAAUUACUGUAUAUGUCACUGGAUAGGGGUGGUAAUC